UGUUUUCUGCAGAGACCAUCGAGAUCAUACCCUUCAACUUUUUAAUCAACUGACAAAAUGCAGGUGCCGAACAGACCAGUGGGAACUUAUGAAUACUCCGUGCGUAAUUACGCACCAGCAACGCUGUACACACAGUACCAGCGGAGCCAGUGCGCAUCAUCAACGAAGCCUUCCAGUGGAAAAUCCUUCACUAUUGAUGCUUUGCUCGCCAAACCAGAGAACACAUCCAGCGACCGGACGAGUCCUACUCAGUGCGGAGUGAAAUAUCAACCAGCAACCCCAGUUCUGCCUCUCACCGGACACGUAGGAUUACCAAUAGCCCCGACACCUUGCGUCUAUUCUCCAAACAUGGUUCACUCCGCUGUCCACACGCAACCUGGAUAUUCAGUCUACUGCUGCCCGCCUUUCACCUACCAGUCAUCCUGUCAUGGAGCAUUUUACACACAAGCUUCAAUGUCCAAAGUCAACGCAGGCCUGCAUUCGUUCAAAACCAAAGGUGGGAAGUCGAAGCGGAUGCGCACCAGUUUCACCAGUGAGCAGCUUUCCCGGCUGGAGAAGGAGUUUGCACGGCAGCAAUACAUGGUCGGAUCAGAGAGGUUCCUUUUGGCCUCGGCUCUACAGCUCACAGAAGCUCAGGUCAAGGUCUGGUUUCAGAAUCGACGCAUCAAAUGGCGCAAACAGAGUCUGGAGCAGCAGCAGGCCAAGCUGGCCAAACUGGGCCUGGCUGCUCCGCCGAAAAGUCCCGGAUCUCAAGGCCACGGAGACGAAGGCGACGAGGAUGAGGAGCUCUCAGACGUGGACGUUGACGUGUCUGACGACUCCACUGACCACUGUUAAGCCAACACCACUGGAUUUAUGAAGAAAAGACUUUUGUACAUAAUGCCGAGAAAAGAGGCCGUUGUCUCCA